AUGAGGAAGAGUAUGGACUUCAUUGCUGUCAUUGAAGCCUGUGGUCUUGUUGACAUAGGUUUCAGUGGACACAAAUUCACUUGGUCUAAUAAGAGGGGCAUUAACCACAGAAUUUGGAAGAGGCUUGAUAGGGCCUUGGUUAAUGAUUUUUGGUUAGAAAAGAUGCCUCAAACUACCAUAACUCAUUUAUCAUCUACGGGGUCAGAUCAUUGUCCUCUUCUGUUGGAAAUGGUAUCCACUGAAGCCGACCACAUUAAAUAUUUCAGAUUCCUAAACUGUUGGGUGGAUAAUCCCAACUUUAUGCUUAUUGUUAAAAAGUGCUGGGAUAGAUCUGUGGAUGGUAAUGCUAUGUGGAAGUUUCAUCAGAAAAUGAAAAGACUUUCAAAUACCCUCAGUGUUUGGUCUAGAAAGGAAUUUGGGGAUAUUUUCCAAAAGGUUAGGAUGUAUGAGGAACAAGUGCACGAAGCUGAAGAAAACUACAUCCAGAACAAAACUGAUUCAAAUAGGAGUAUUCUCCAUGAACUCAAUGCUCAAUAUAUCAAAUUCCUCAAGCUUGAGGAUUUAUCUUGA